AUGAAACUAGUGCGUUUUCUUAUGAAAUUAACUCAUGAAAGUGUAACAAUAGCACUCAAAAAUGGCACCAAUGUUUUUGGUACAGUUAUUGGCGUUGAUAUGUCAAUGAAUACACAUUUAAAAUCAGCUAAACUGAUACCGAAAAAUGGUGAAUCGAUCGCAUUAGAUUUUAUUACAAUACGUGGCAAUAAUAUUCGAUAUUUUAUAUUACCUGAUUCGUUACCCUUAGAUAAUUUACUUGUUGAUGAUACACCGAAGACGAAAGUCAAACGUGAACGACCAGGUGCCAGUAGUAGUUCACGGGGUCCAAGAGGAAGAGGUCGUGGUAGAAGUCGUGGAAGAGGUGGCGGUUUUGGUGGUGGACGUGGUCGAGGACGUGGAUAG